AUGGCGUACAGUAUAAAUGAGCAUGUAGGACAGCAGGAUGCCAUUUCAAACGGACUGCACAUGACAGGCCAAACAGAAGGUGAUGCAGGUUAUACUGAGGAAGAAAAUGAUCUCCAGGACAAUUAUGAAGAUAUCGGUAAAGAUCCAUUAUUUGAUGUUCCAAGCACGAAUGUUUCCGUGAAGUUGGGAGAGACUGCUGUAUUGCCGUGUUUCAUCGAGUACCUAGGAAAGCACAAAAGCUUCUAUAACUUUUUGUCAAACUGGAUGGGAUUCGUAGUCGAGAAUUAUUGUGUUGGAGACCAGUAUUGCUGGUGUGAGGGGUACCAUUGUUGA